UAUCAUCAAAUUAAUGAAUUUUCAAUCAACGCAAAUUAUUAUACGUUCUACAUUAAAUCUAGUAAAAAAUUCAACGGGACCAAUAAUCGUCUUCGACCUUCCUUUUGUCUUCUAUAGAAGAACUAUACUUAUAUGCGAUCACCAUACGCUAUAAGACAUGCCUAUUAUCCAGUUAGCAAUUACUCCGAACCAGUUUCAAUGUGAUAACCCAUGCUAACACGAUAUUCAUACGUGUCAUUAUAUAUGUAUGUAGUUUGAUUAAUUCGAAAAUCCGUGGAAGUAAACGACGUGAAUAUAACGAAGUUAGCAAGGGAACAAUUAAUCGAACUUUAUUUCUGGAACUAGAACGUGUUCUACGUUCGAUAUACCCUUUAUCGACUUGUUCGAUCGACCUCUUGGAUUUCUAUUUUCUUCCACAAUGUUUUACAGGACAUUUCGAGUCGUCCGAUUAGAACCUCUUGGUUUCUUAUUUCGCUGGUCGAUGCAAAAUACCGUUUAUAAUAGCGUAAGAGUCUUGCAAUUUUUUAAUUUGCGCAACACACCUGUCUCAGCAAACUCCUCGAUCGUUUUCCCAUUGCGAUGUCUCAACGUGGGGCCAGUAUUCAUUUUUUACUUUCUUCAUUCGACAUUCGCAGUUAAUUUUUUAUUCUACGUUGAAUGUAACUGAGUUCUUGCGGAUACUUUUUUAUCGUGUUGACGAACAUUCGAAAUGUUCGCAAUCAUCGUUGUUCUCACGCUUCUUAUAACUGCCCAUGGCAAUGUAAUCGUGAACAGAACUGAUUUACUCUGCAGUGGACAUCCUUAUUACAACGUAUCAUUGACAGCUUACUAUCCUGAUUUUGCCAGUGAUGACGAACACGAUUAUUUGGAUAUGAGAGGCAAAAAACUGCGAACUCUACAGAAUUAUCUCGAUGGUCGUGACGAAUAUGUAACAGUAGCUAUGGAUUUCUCGACCCAUUUGCCUUAUGGGACACGUAUCUGCGUACCGGAAUUGAAUGAACAUUUUGGGAAACGUAUUCCGCUACAGGUGCGAGACUUUGGUGCCAACCUGAGAGGAAGUGAAUUUACGAGGCUCGACAUAUGCGUGAGAAACGAGGGCGACAGUUACGACAACGCAGUGAAUAGGCUUGUGACAGUUUACGUAUAAAGAAACAUGAUAAUGGAUAAAGAAAAGAAAA